AUGUGUGACUUUACCAAGAACUACUACAUCUACACAUCGUGUCAAGAUCCUGGGGCACAUUUCUUCCGCACAUCAGUAGACGGCAGCCGCAAAACAGCAUGCCCGAAAGCAUGUGUCCCCUUCCUGGAAGUCUCACCUAGGCCGGCAUGUCGCACCGAGAGCCGCAACGGCCCUCACACCACUCUCCCUCUCUCUCUCUUCGGAAUUCGCCUACUACAGGAAAUUUUGCUCGGAUAUGUCAGGUGGCAGGAUUUCCCCAAAACCUCCUCGGCGGACUAUAGAUGGGAUACUACUGGCGCAUUACAUUGGAUUGACAGGCGAUAUACCUCAUUAGGCAGUCCCGGGGCUGCACCGGGACGUGGUGUGCAGUGUCACCACACCAACCCCGGCACUUGGAGACACAUGGGCGGCAGGCUUGGCUCACUGCAUGAGCCAGAAUCCCAGGAUAUGAGGUACCAAGCAGAAUCGAGCCGAAUGGCAAAAGGGAAGAGCCAGAUCUUCGGACGCAUAAGGGAAGUGUUGAUCCGGUACUCUCGACGGACGUGCAAAUGA